CGUUUAGCAGACUACGCACGCUCGAUCGACGCGUUUGCACGAUUGCCAUUUGCCGUCAUUGUGUAUACGCGCUUACAUAUAUAUGUGGAGCAUGUUUGCGUACGUGUAUAAGUCAACACACAUCAUUCAGAAACGCUGAAAAAACGUCGGAUCACUUGAGCGCGAGCUUGCGUAUGUGUACAACGGUGCAAGCAGGCUUUUACGUGGCUGCGCUCUCGUGUGUAUGCGUGCAUCUCUACUGCAAAAGUGAAGUCGAUCGCGCUUAGCGGUUUUGCAUGUUCAUAUACGAGCGCGGAAAUUCUCGGAUUUUUGGCAGCUCCUCGCCAGUAGUGAGGCACACGAUAUAGCAGUCAUGCAAUUUCACGUAUUACCUUAUCGUCUGUGUUAAUCGAUCGAGAGGCAAGGGUACACGGAGUUCAUGUGCCGAGAAGCUUAAUUAACAACCACGAUAAUGGCUAGCUGUAUUUCCCGAGUUUAUUGAUCCAAAGGCCACUUGUGUCUGCUCUGUCUGCGAAUUUCCUUACGCCGAGGGCUGCUUUUAUCAAUUGGUAUUAACCUUAUAAGCUAGCCGUUCGCAGCUGUAGGGAACAACACUUCGCUUAUAUAGACAAGACUGAUAAACAUCUCUUGGCUGAUCGUUGCUUUUCUGACUUUGCAUAAAUAAUCAGUAAUCAUGCCAGCUGGUAAUGGCUUGGUUAUUCCAAUUGUGCUAUGGGGGCGGAUUGCUCCUACGCACUGCAUAUCCUGCAUAUACCUAUCAAGAGACCAAAAGACUUUGGUCACUGGCUGCUAUGAUGGUCAGAUAUGUCUCUGGGCCAUGGAUCCAGAAACUUUAAAGAUGACACCAAGAUGUCUUCUUGUUGGCCAUACAGCUCCAGUAAUGUGCCUUAGUAGAGCUAGUGUUAUUAUGGAGCAAAAUUUCAUUGUUAGCAGCAGUGAAAACGGUGAAAUGUGCACCUGGGACUUGGUUGAUGGCAAAUGUAGAGAAAAUGUCAAACUCAACAAUGUUCACACUCAGAUGUUACCUUACGUAACUACUGGAGGAGAGGAUGUUAAAUUGUUUUGCUCAGGAUAUUAUCCUGAAGUACUGGUGAUGGAUCCAUUUAGCUUAGAAGUACUAUUUGCUUUGAGUUCUCGAAUGAACCCAGAUUGGAUCAGUGCUUUGCAUGUUCUGCGCCCGGCCAAACGGACAGGUCGGUUCUACGUACACUCAAAAAAUUUUUUUGAAGAUGAUGUGGUCUUGGCCAUUACGACUGCUGGCACUGUCAAAGUUUGGACCCUUCUGGGUUCAGAAAAUCGCAACAGUGAACCUUUGUUUGAGCAUGAAAGCAAACAAAUUCGAUGUGUGAACGCUCUAUGCCUGACUUGCUGCCCUUAUAAUCAAAGAACAGUACUCAUAGUUUGUUCCAAAUAUUGGCAGAUCUACGAUGCUGGAGAUUUUUCAGUAUUGUGCUCUGUCGAUGCACCUGUUGGAGAAAGAUGGAUGGCUGGUGACUUUUUAUCUGCUGAUCGAGUGAUUGUUUGGAGUGAUGAAGGACAUGGUUAUUUAUAUAAAUUACCAGCUAAGGUUUUAACACAACUUGAAAGCAAGCUGAAGGGCAAGGCUCUCAGCAGCAGUGUGGCAGAUAACAAGGAUUUCCAUACUGCAGCAAUAGAAUCAGAUCAACCUUAUUUAUACUGCACUCUGACGCAACCUGGUGAUAAACCUUUAUCGUGUCCACCUGCAAUGCGAUUGGUAACAGCACAGAGAGGUAGCCAAACCCAAAAAUAUCUUCUAAGAGGUGACAGUGAAGGAGUAGUGAUGCUGUGGACUGUACCAGAACCUACACAACCAUUGUCACAACCAGAACCUGGUCAGGACACGCCAAUUCUAGCUCCUACAUGUAAAACAAGUUUAACCUUGGCUUGGGAGGCUAUGAAGCCCUCUCCAGUUGGUAUACUGGACCAAUUAGAUAGUGGAGAUGGCCAUGGCAUAAAAUUGACAGCCAGUAUAUACUUGCCGCAACAAAGCAGAUUGGUAGUCGGGAGAGAAGAUGGAAGUAUUAUAAUUGUCCCAGCUACACAAACUGUGAUGUUGCAGUUGCUACACGGGAAUCAUCAGCAAUACGACGAUUGGCCUCCUCAUCAGAUUCUCAUGGGCCAUGCUGGUCGUGUCAACUGUUUACUUUAUCCACACGGUGCUCAUUCGCGAUACGAUAAAGCUCACUUGGUAUCUGGUUCAGUUGAUUUUGCAGUUUGCCUUUGGGAUCUUUACGCUGGAACGCUAAUCCAUCGUUUUUGCGUUCAUGCUGGAGAAAUAACACAGCUUCUUGUUCCGCCCGAUAUGUGCAGCCCAAGAAUACAAAAGUGCAUCUGCAGUGUGGCUUCAGAUCAUAGUGUUACCCUAUUGUCGUUGGCAGAAAGAAAAUGCGUCGUUUUAGCGUCGCGUCAUUUGUUCCCCGUUGUUACAAUUAAAUGGCGACCAGGCGACGAUUUCAUGAUUGUCGGUUGCUCCGAUGGAGCCGUAUACGUCUGGCAGAUGGAAACUGGCCACUUGGAUCGUGUUUUACACGGUAUAAUUGCAGAAGAAGUUUUGUACGCUUGCGAUGAGAAUACCUUGGCUACGAGUGGCUCUACUGGUGGAGGAGGUGGUGAGCUAGGUUUAGCCAACCCGGCAGUACAUUUUUUCAGAGGUUUGCGACAUCGAAAUCUCUCUGCUAUUCGUCACGCUACCCAACGUGGUCUUCAUCAACUGCAGCAGCUUCACGGAGGUCACGGCAACGAUCACGGCAAUCAAAUGAGAGCGAGAGGUGCUCCAUUAAACAUACAAGGCUUCCGUAGCAAUCCCAAAGAUCCAGAAAGCCAUAUAUUGUUUUUCGACAUCGAAGGCUUAAUAGUGUCAUUAUUGAGUGACGAGUACGCAGUCAUGUCGCCAAAUACAUUAGAAGCUAAAGGAUUAAUCGAAGCGUCCGAAUAUCAAAAGGUCGCUGCGCUUACGCAAUCUGUUAGUCCCGAUGCCCAUAAAAAAAUAGCAGACUUUUUUGGUCGCGUCAAGGAUAAGGCUGGUGAUUUGGAAAAGCAACUGAAGGAAAAAGAUCGACAUGGUAUAAUUGCUAAGAUGAAGGAAGGAGCUGAGAAUAUGCAAACUAAGAUUCAGGCCAAAGUGGAAAGCGUUGGCCUUAAGCCAUCGAAUCUAGAUGGCAAAGGUGAUGGUUGGAACAGCGAUAACGCUAAGGGCUCGCUUAAACGAAACGGUGCCUUCAGCGAGCCAAACAGCACGAUGGAGAUAGCUCAAUUACUUCUGAGUUUGCUGCAUGCCUGGGGUAUGGAUGCUGAUCUUGACAGAGUGUGUGAGAGCAAAUUAGGCCUACUGAGACCCAUGGUACCGGUUUCUUUCGGCGUCAUUUCUAAAGGUGGCUAUAUGUCAUUUUUGCUACCCACUUAUCAAACCCAUUUGGAGAGUUGCGUAACGGAACCGAUACCGCAAGGAGAGCAACGAUUGCCUAUGGAACUAGUCAGGCAAGAGAGACUCACUCGUGCCUUUACUAAGAGGGCUCACUGGGAACUAUCUACUACACUGACUAGUAAUCACUUGCUGGCUGUGGUUGCUCUUUCCAAUACGCUCAUGUCGAUGACAAAUGCAACUUUUGUCCCUGAACAAGAGAGGAAUCGUAAAUUGCAUCGUUUAAAUAGUAGACCGGUAAACUGGAAUAAGGUCGAAGAGGAAAACGAGGAAAUGUAUACAGCGCACCAAGCGCAGAUAAAACAGGGCUGGUCCUUGAUAGCGACUUUGCAUUGUGUUUUAUUACCUGACAAAGUGUCUACUCAGGGCGGCUCAAGGUCAUUUAAAAGACCACAAGUAGAAAUGAUGGCUCGUCGCUGGCAGCAUCAGUGUCUCGAGAUAAGGGAAGCUGCACAAGCUCUCUUGCUUGCAGAGCUAGGUAGAAUGGGAGUCAAAGGCCGAAAAGCUCUGGUAGACUAUUGGUCACCAUAUUUACCACAGUAUAGCACUCAAGAACCCAUUGCUCAACAUUCUCAAAACCAUAGUCCGCCACCGGGCAGUCCACCUCCGACGCACGAACCGCACGAGCCCGAAGACGACGACGAAGAAGAACUUGCUGAGGAACUCAGCAUAUCUAGAAAGCCGUCGAGUGUGUCGGAACUGAGACGAAAACAAACUACUGCCGUGGUUCUACUCGGAGUAAUCGGCGCCGAGUUCGGCCAAGACAUUGGACCAAACCAUCCGAAACGCGAAAACGACCAGCGUCGUAAGAGCUCGGUGGUUGAGGGCUUCGGUAUUGGCAACAAUAAUCUGUCGCGUUUAACCAGUAUGGCCCUCACCCACCUACUGUACUCGCCUCCUUCAUCAAGAAUGCCUUUGCACACGGCCCUGCGCAGAUCUGCCAUUGAUUUGAUCGGUCGCGGGUUUACCGUGUGGGAACCGUAUCUCGAUGUCUCUCGAGUACUUUUGAGUCUUCUCGAGAUGUGCUGUGAAGCAGACAAGCUUGUUCCAACUUUGACCUACGGCUUGCCCCUAACUCCAGCUGCAGACAGUUGUAGAACUGCUAGGCACGCACUAACACUCAUUGCCACUGUAAGACCGGCUGCUUUUAUCACAACAAUGGCUCGAGAAGUCGCUCGUUACAAUACGAUGGCUCAGAAUGCUCAAACUUUGAAUGUUAAUUUGGGUCAAAGCAUCUUGGCCAGAGCCAAACCAGAAAUAUUAAGAAUUGUUGAGCAACUGAUUGAAAAGAUGCAAAGCGAAAUGAGUGACUUGCUAGUUGAGGUCAUGGAUAUUAUUUUACAUUGCUUGGAUCCUGGACACUUGAAAACCAAACCUUUGAACGAAGUCUUCCCAGCUAUUUGUAAAUUCAAUCAAAUAAGCCACUAUCCGGCUCACCGUAGAAUAGCCGUUGGUAGCAAAACAGGACAUAUCGCUCUUUACGAAUUGCGUGGUACCGUAAAGUGUCAAACGAUAAUUGCACAUCAAGCUCCAGUAACUGCCCUAGCCUUUUCACCCGAAGGAAAAUACCUCGUUAGUUACUCUGUUUCGGAAAACAAGUUGUGCUUCUGGCAGCAAAUAAGUAGUGGAAUGUUUGGCCUUGGAAACUCUCAAACAAGAUGCAUUAAAUCAUAUAGUACCGCUCCAAUAAAUGACGUUUCCAGGCUUAAUCCAAUGAGAUUAGCUAAACUGAUCUGGAUUAACAAUCGCCAGGUUACCCUGAUGCUAGCUGAUAGCUCAGAAACUCGCUUUAACGUAUAAAUAUAUUUAUCUUGUCAAGAUCGCAGUUUUUGUGGUACGAAAAAGUAUAGAUACCAAGUUUUUUAAGCGUGCAGUAGGCAUGAAUGGGGUUUUACAUAUCUUCUGAAUUGAGUUUGUGAUUAGUAAAACCAAAAAAUAUUGAGAUUCACUUCAUUGCAUUCUGAAUUGAGAAAAAAAAAUUCACGAUAAAUUAGAGUUCAUGAAAGUACAAAUAAAUGAUAUUAACGAUAUCAACGUUUUUCAUAUUCGGUGAUUCAAAGUGGAUGUUUGAUCCAUGCAAUUUUUCCAUGUUUGUUGACUCUUGCGUUAUAGGUAAUAUUGUUAAUUGUUUUAUCCUGUAUUACAGGUAUAAGAAAUGUUACAUUAACUUGAUCUUUGCAAUCUAAUUUUAGAAAAAAAUAACGAACCAUUAAAAACCUUCUAUAAUAUUGAAUCAAAUAUCAAUGUUAUCGAAGGGUACGCAGAAAGUAAAAACUAAAACACCGCCCAGGUCUAAAUGUUAACAUUAAUCAAUAAAUUAUUGUUAAUUAACUUAUAGAAGAAUAAAUGCGUGAGCUUUUACGAUUUUUAAAGAUAUUACUGAAUGAAAUGAAAAUAUGUAUUUAAUGUUUUGAUGAGUAC